AUGCCCAAACCCCUACUCCGUCUCUUCAGCGGCAGUGCACCCCCUCCCCCGCCUCCUCCACCUCCCCCGCCUCCGCCGCCCCAACCACCACAGGCAAACCUUCCAGACCGGAGCACCCUCAACGCCGACAUCACGCGUGGCAUCCGUCUCCGAAAAACCGUGACCCGCGACCGCAGCGGCUUAGAUGGCAACAUAAGCAGCGCGAGCAGCAGCUGCUUCCGCGGCGACAGGGCGGAGGUUGAUGCGGCGGGGGACAGGGCGCCGCAGCUGGCGGGGAUGUUUGCGGGCGGAAUGCCGAAGUUGAAGAGCCGUGGGGGGGUUGAGACUGGAGCAUCUAGAUCAUCGUCAUAUAUGUCUUCGCCGGCGCGGUCAGUCUCUCCGGGUGCCCCGGCAGUCCCUCUAGUGCCUACAGUACCUCCUUGGCCCGUCCCCUCCAGCUCCUCCAGCCCUUCAGUCCGGCGGCACCCGCCUCCCGUUCCGGCGAACCGCCCCAAUUCUGCCUCUCACUACCGCAGCGCACCCACCUCACCGCCUCUACCCACCUCCGCACCCCCCCGCCCGCCAUGUUUCCGCAAAACCUCCGCCCCGCUCCUCUCCGAAACAGGGCGCCUCAAUACCUCUACCUCGCACCUAAGACCUCCCGCACCCCGCGCCCCCUCAUCACUCCCCACAUCCUCGUCCGCAAGCCCGCUUAUGAGGCCCGCUGUUGUCGCGGCCAGAAAGGCUACAGGCGACUUGCAUGCGGGCCGCGCGCCGCCAGAGCCGCCGUCGAGGCCGGCUCCGCGCGAGAAGCGCGAGAGGACUAGAUAUGUGGUUGAUGAUAGUAGGUGGAGGUUUAAGCGCGAGGAGGACCUGCCAGAGCCGAGGGUGUGCGGUGGCGGGAGGAAGGUGUAUAGGAGUGGGGGGACGGGGAGUACGGUUCCGUUGGAUCUGGGGAUGUUGGGUUAG